AGGGAAAGGGGCGUGUGUUCCUUUAAGGGGCCGGCCCGGCGGGAGCGCGGGGGUUUAUCCGCAGCCGCUUCCUCUGGAGACAUUCAGGAUCCCUCACACCCGACAGUCCGAGGCCGGGAGCGCUCCCGCCGUCGAGGAGCCUCCGGGGGACGCCUGCCCCGGGCUCCCUCCGUGCCCCACACGCUGGCGCUGCAGCCCUGCGUGACACCAUGUGCCCGCUGCUCCUCCUCUGCUUGCUGCCCAGUGUCUCCGGGCUGCCCUUCUACAACGGCUUCUACUACUCCAGCAAUCCCAACGGCCCGAACCCGGGCACCGGCCACGGCGAAGGCACCUUCAAUGGGGUGACGCUGGUGGUGGAGACGCCCGAGGAGACCCUGUUCUCCCAGCGAGGGGCCAACGUGACUCUGCCGUGCCGCUACCGCUACGAGCCGGCCCUGCUGUCCCCAAGGCCCGUGCGCAUCAAGUGGUGGAAGCUGUCGGAGAACGGGGCCCCGGAGCGGGACGUGCUGGUGGCCAUCGGGCCGAGGCACCGCUCCUUCGGAGACUACCGAGGCCGAGUGCGCCUGCGGCAGGACGGGGAGCAUGAAGCGUCGCUGCAGAUCCGGGACGUGCGGCUGGAGGACUCCGGGCGUUACCGCUGUGAGGUCAUCGAUGGGCUGGAGGACGAGAGCGGCCUGGUGGAGCUGGAGCUGCGGGGCGUGGUCUUUCCCUACCAGCACCCCCGCGGGCGCUACCAGCUCAACUUCCACGAGGCGCAGCGGGCGUGUGAGGAGCAGGACGCCGUGGUGGCCUCCUUCGAGCAGCUCUUCCGGGCCUGGGAGGAGGGCCUGGACUGGUGUAACGCAGGCUGGCUGCAGGACGCCUCAGUGCACUACCCCGUCACGCUGGUCCGGAGGCGCUGCGGUGGCCUGGGCCUGGCGCCCGGCCUGCGCACCUACGGCCCGCGUCACCGCAGCCUGCACCGCUAUGACGUCUUCUGUUUCUCCCCGGCCCUCAAGGGGCACGUGUACUACCUGGAGCACCCCGAGAAGCUGACACUGGUGGAGGCAGUGGAGGCCUGCCAGGAAGAUGGCGCCCGGAUUGCCAAGGUGGGCCAGCUCUUUGCCGCCUGGAAGUUCCGUGGCCUGGACCGCUGUGACGCCGGCUGGCUGGCAGACGGCAGCGCCCGCUACCCUGUGGUUCACCCGCGUCCCAACUGCGGGCCCCUGGCGCCCGGCGUGCGAAGCUUCGGCUUCCCGGACCCGCAGAGCCGCGCCUACGGCGUCUACUGCUACCGGCCGCGCUAGGCCCCGGCCGUGCCGCCCGGCACCCUCCCUGCGCGGGCGCUAUUUAUUGAGCGGUGCCUUGUUCCUUGCAGGUUGGGGCAAAUCUUGUAUGGUUUUUAUACUUCUCAAAUUAAUAUUUUUUAAUUGCUGUGUU